AUGUCGGGCGAGACUCAGCAGCAGCAAGGUGCGACACCCCUGAAGGUGUUCUUCAUCCUUGGCGGGCCCGGCUCUGGCAAGGGCACGAACUGCGCGCGGCUUGUGGAGGACUUUGGCUACACCCAUUUUAGUGCCGGUGAGCUGCUGCGCGAGGCGGCGCGCUCUGGCACUGGUAAUCUGGCCAAGAUCGGCGAUAUCAUCCGCUCUGGGAGCAUUGUGCCGAGCGAGAUCACGGUAGAGCUCCUUCGGCAGGCCAUCGCCGACCACCCGAACUCCGUCGGCUACGUGAUCGACGGCUUCCCACGCAAGGAGGACCAGGCGCGCAUGUUUGAGGAGGGCAUCGCCAAGGCCACCGGCAUCCUCUACUACGACUGCAGCGAGGCCACCAUGGAGGAACGCCUGCUCUCGCGCGGCGCCAACAGCGGCGAGAAGCGCGACGACGACGCAGCAGAGACAAUCCGGAACCGCUUCCGCGUCAACGUGCAGGAAUGCAUGCCGGUCGUGGAGGCCUACAAGGCAAAUGGCCGCUGCCACGUCAUUGACGCGAACCGCGACCGCGACACCGUCUACGCCGAGACGAGGAAGGUAUUCCUCGAGAUGGGCGAGAAACCUUUGAAGGUGUAG